UUGUGGGCACGGGAAGUGACAACCGCACGCUGGUUUGACACAAGAUGGCGCUGUGGGGCCGCCUGCUGCUGCUGCCGUUGGUGCUCAUGGUUCUACUUCCGGUGGCCCGGCCACGCCCCUCCGCCGCUCACCACCGCCCACCCGCAGUCGAUCCGGAGACGGUAUCGUCUGAGGAUGAGGAGGAUGAUGACGAAGACGAAGAUGAGUCGUCAUCGGAGGAAAAUGAGCACGCCGACGAUGUGACAAGCAGCAAGGAAAACUGGCAGCAGCAGUCGUCGUCGUUAGCGUCGCCGCCCGGCUGGUCGUCUCCCGGCAUGGCGAGGACGAUCUACUCCCUUCCCGCCAGCCACGUGGCCAAAUUCCGUUGCCGGGCAACGGGAAGCCCCACCCCUACGCUGGACUGGUACAAGAACGGAAAAGAUGUCAGACAACUGCAAAGACUCGGCGGCUUCAAGAUCAAACAACGCGCGUGGACACUCACCCUGGAGACGGUGUUGCCCUCAGACGAAGGAAACUACACGUGUGUGGCACACAACACGCAUGGACGCAUUGAACGGCUCUUCGUGCUGGACGUCGUGGAGCGCCACGUUCACAGGCCCCUCCUCAAGCCCGGCCUUCCGGCCAAUCAGACGGCGGUGGCGGGCGCCCGCGUGGAGUUCGCCUGCAGCGUCUUCAGCGACCUGCAGCCUCACGUGAAGUGGAUCAAAGUGGACAACCCGAGCCGCCUCGUCGGACCCCACGAAGCGCCCGAUGGCCCCGUCGUCAAGGAUGCGUGGGACCAAGACCCGCAGCUCCUGACGCUGACCGAAGUGAGCGCCGCCGACGCCGGCGAGUACGCGUGCGUAGCCGAAAACGACAUAGGCAUCUCGUACCAGUCGGCCUGGCUCACCGUGCUGGAGAGCCCGCAACUUUCCCACAGCUACGCUCAGAUCUUCUUCUACUGCAUGGGCUUCUUCAUCGCCGUCACGGUGACCUUCACCGCCGUCAUCUGCAAGCUGUGCGCCGCCCCGGGGAAGGCCGUCGCCGCUGGCAACCAGCUGGCCGUCCACAAGCUGGCCAAGAGGGUGGCGCUCAAGAGACAGGUGUCUCUGGUGUCUUCGUCGUCCAUCUGCUCCAAGAAGUCUUCCGUGCGUCCGUCUUGUCCUUCCAGCGGGACCACCACCGCCGGCACGGCCGCCGCGUCCGCCGACUACCAGCUGCCGUACGACCUUCAAUGGGAACUUCCUCGUGAUAGGCUGACGCUGGGCAAGCCACUGGGCGAGGGUUGCUUCGGCCAGGUGACCUUGGCCGAAGCCAUCGGCCUGGACAAGGAACGUCCGACAUGUGUCACUAAGGUGGCGGUGAAGAUGCUGAAAGCGGACGCCAGCGACAAGGACCUGAUGGACCUCAUCUCCGAGAUGGAGUUGAUGAAGAUGAUCGGUCGCCACAAGAACAUCAUCAACCUGAUUGGCGCCUGCACGCGCGACGGGCCGCUGUACGUGGUGGUGGAGUACGCCGCCCGGGGGAACCUCAGGGAGCAUCUCCGCGCACAUCGCCCGCCCGAUUCCGAGUACUGGCGCCAUUCAGCCGAGAUGCCGCGGGGUAGCCUGGAUCUCCAAGAUCUGGUGUCUGCGGCGUACCAGGUGGGCCGCGGAAUGGCCUACCUGGCAUCAAUGAAGUGCGUCCACAGAGACUUGGCGGCCCGUAACGUUUUGGUCACGCAAGACCUCGUCAUGAAGAUCGCAGACUUUGGCCUGGCCAGAGACGUGCACCACUUGGACUACUACAAGAAGACCACCAAUGGUCCUUUGCCUGUCAAGUGGAUGGCGCCCGAAGCUUUGUUUGACCGCAUCUACACGCACCAAAGUGACGUGUGGUCUUUCGGCGUCCUGAUGUGGGAAAUCUUCACGCUGGGAGCGUCUCCGUAUCCUGGCGUCCCAGUGGAGGAUCUCUUCAAACUUUUGAAGGAAGGCCACCGGAUGGACAAGCCAAAUGGCUGCACACCACUACUCUAUGAGAUGAUGCAAGACUGCUGGCACGCAGUCCCCUCCCACCGGCCCACCUUCCCGACACUCGUCCAGCGAUUGGACAUGGUGCUAACGUCGCUAGCCAAGCAGGACUACCUUGACCUUUCCGCCCCCCGCACGCACAAUUCUCUGCUGGUCUCCUGCCCUUCCUGUACCCCCACAUAGAUGUGCCCCUGGAUCAUCAUCAUCAUCAUCCAGGAGGUGGAGCUUUAAAGCAGGAAGUACUCUGUGCUGUUUUUUGUUGAUAACGUGUAAAUAUUGUCAAUACUU